CUGUGUGGUACCCAGUAAGAGGCGGCACAUCAUAUGAAAGUUUGUACCUAGACAGAAGCCAGCAAAGAGGGGAGGGUCACUUGCUGUUUGAUGGGUACUGAGUGUGAGGCCAGAAGGUCUGGAGAUGGAGGGGCGGAGUAGGUGCGCUUAAUGCAUUGCACUGUGCAUUCGGAAGUGGCUAGGGUGCUCACCAUCCUGUCGUGUUUACUGUGCCACAGUAACAAGAAUAAAUAAGCACCGGCAGAGUUCCUCCCAGGUCACCUCCUCUGAAGGAUGAGAACACGCAGCAAAGCCGGAUUGGCCGGCUGCCGGUCCGCACAUGCCCCCGCGCUCGCUCUCUCCGGGUUUGCCAGUGCUCAGCCCAAAGCGUGACACCCGCUGGGUCUACCCAAGACCCAGGACCCCAGACUGCUACGCCAGUGCAGAUGGACGCCCGGGCGCCGGAAGUUCCUUGCGGGGACGUACUGCAGAAUGCGGCAGAAAAUCUACUUCAGGAGCUUGAAGACCACUUCCGAGCCCUGACUACGACGUUAAACCUCAGAAUGGAAGAAAUGGGAAGUCGCAUUGAGGACUUACAGAAAAAUGUUGAUGACCUAAUGGUUCAAGCUGGAAUCGAGAAUUCUAUCAAAGAACAAACGACCUGAAGAUGUUAAACAAGUCACAGGAAACUGCUAAAACGGAAUCUAUACUGUUUGAAUAACCUAUGCAGAAUGAAUUUUCAUGUCCAGAUUUUAAUUUUUUUUUUUGAGACUUGAAAUCAAACCCAGGGCCUAAAAUGUAAUAGGUGAGUGGCUACCUCUGAGCUAUAUGCUAACCCAUUAAAAAGUAAAAUUCAUUUGAGCAAAAAAAAAAAAAAAAAAAAAACCAGACAAAAGCAAUAAAAAAGUAGCAUAAUUCAGAAGGUGACUGUUUACCAAAGAGGAGACUUGUAAAUAAUGACAAAGUAUUUUCCAAUGCAUAUUUGUAAAUCAUGGA